AUGUAUAGAAACUUCCUCCUUGCAGUGCUGGCACUGCUGACUGCAUCUGCUCAUGCCCACACCACCUUCACGACCCUCUACGUCGAUGGAGAGAACCAAGGCGAUGGGGUCUGUGUCCGCAUGCACCGAGACCCAGAGAAAGCCACCAAUCCCAUUGAGCCUCUCUCCAGCAAGGACGUCGCCUGCGGCAUCGAUGGCGAAAAAGGCGUCGCGCGCGUCUGCCCCGCCAAGGCCUCCUCCACCCUCACCUUCGAAUUCCGCGAAUGGCCCGACGCCUCGCACCGGGGCGCCAUCGACAAAAGCCACAAGGGCCCCUGCGCCGUGUACAUGAAGAAAGUCGACGACGCGACGGCCGACAACAACGCCGCCGGCGACGGGUGGUUCAAGAUCUGGCAGGCCGACUACGAUGCGACGGCCGGCAAGUGGUGCACCGAGAAGAUGAUCGACAACAACGGGCAUAUCUCCGUGCAGAUUCCCGCCGAUAUCGAGGGCGGGUAUUAUCUUGUGCGGCCGGAGUUGCUGGCCCUGCAUGCGACGCAGGAUAACCCGCCCGAUCCGCAGUUCUAUGUCGGCUGUGCGCAGGUGUUUGUGCAGUCGACUGGGACGGCCAAGCCGCCGACGGUGAACAUUGGCGAGGGGACGUAUGCUCUCAGUAUGCCGGGUAUGAAGUAUAAUAUCUACAAGACGCCGUUGGACCUGCCGUAUCCUAUGUACGGGCCGCCGGUAUAUGAGGCGGGUAAGACUGCGUCUGCCAACACUCGAUCCGAGAAGUCUGCCGAUACUGCGUCGUCGGCCAGUACUACGCCUACCAAGGCUGCGUUGGCCGACACUGGAUCCAAGAAGUCUACCAAUUCUACAUCUAAACCGAGUUCAGUCCCCACCCAAGUCUGCAAGGACAAGACGAAGAGCAAGAAGGAAAAGACGAAGCGCGACACGCUAGUCCAGACCAAAGGCCUCAAGCCAGAAGGCUGUAUCCUCGUCCGCGACAACUGGUGUGGAUUCGAGGUGCCCUCCUAUACAGACGAGCAGGGUUGCUCCGCUGCAUCCCAAAACUGCUGGGCCCAAGCCGAUGUAUGCUACAACACGGCGCCCCCUACCGGCUCAAAACACUGCCAGAUCUGGGAGAACAAAUGCACUGCUCUCGACGAUUCGUGCAACAGCGGGGUGUUUACCGGUCCGCCGAAUAAAGGCAAGGACCUCACCCCGAAGCCGCCUGCGUUGGUGGGAUCCACCAAGAUUUUUCAGCGGGGGCUACGGUCGCAUAUGAAGAGAAGGAGACUUGCUCACGUUUAG